AUGCUGCUUUCACGGAGCUUUCGCUGUGCUCUGGUAGCAGCGCUGCUGCUGCACCUCUCUCUCUACUGCUCUCUUGCUCAACACUCACCCUCUCUGCCGAGCACGGCAGGCAGGCAACUCGCCGCUGCCAAGCAACAGCCGCAAGCGCCGGGCGGGGUGACGAGCACGAGCCUCGUUCUUCUGCCCAACAACCCGCUUGGCGCGAAAUGCCUCGACGGCAGUCCCCCGGGGUACUACUUCCGCCCGGGCUUUGGCGCGGGGAAGCGCUUCUGGCACAUAUUCCUGCCCGCGGGGGGGUGGUGCACCACGCUCGCGGACUGCGCCCUGCGCGGCACUCGUCCGCUUGGCUCCACGCGCUACUGGGCUCGCCUCAACGGCUCUGCCCCCCCGUCCGCCUCAGUCCCGACAACCCGGUCACCUCCCUCUACCACCCCGUCGCGUCCCCCUUUCCUCUUCCCCACGCCGUCGCCCCCGUCGUCGUCGUUCGACGGCAGUGACGACUCGCAGAGCGCGUCCCCGCUGCGCGCCGUGCCAGGGUUCAGCGGCAUGCUGAGCAGCAGCGAGGCGGUGAACCCGGGGCUGUUCAACUGGAACCUCGCCAUGCCCAUCUACUGCGACGGCGGCGGGUACGCUGGCACGGCUGGCCGCGUGCACCUGCCAGGGAAAGGAAACAACUCCAUUUACCUCGAUGGCUUCAAUGUUACACGGACCAUUCUCGCAGAUCUCCUGGCAGUGCUUGAGUUGGCGUCUGCACGGCGUGUGCUGGUGGCAGGAGCAUCAGCGGGAGGGCAGGCUGUGACAGCGUGGUGCGAGCGAGUGGCGGCCAUGGUGCCCGGCGCCGUUACCAAGUGCCUCUUGGACUCGGGAGUAUUCCUGGACGCCAAGGACAGGACAGGCACAUGGCACUUUCGGCAGGUAGCGAGGCAGAUGACAACACUGCACAGGGCCCAGGGCAACGAUAAGUGCAUGCAAGCAGAGUGGCCAUCCACUCAGUGGCGCUGCUUCUUCCCUCAGUAUACCUUGCCGCACAUUACCACACCAGUCUUCCUCCUCUCGCCCCUCCUGGACCACCGAGCUCUCAUACUUGGCAACCAAAUCCGCAACGACACCGGCUAUGCCAAGCAGUGCAUCAGCAACAUUCUGCGCAGCACAGCCAACCUCACACACGCCAUGCGCUACAGCGCCCGGCGCAAUGCCGUGGCAGGGAAGGUGAAAGUGUGCACACCCGAGGAGACCAAUGCUAUCUUAGCGGCGGGCAACACGCUCCUCACUAGUGGUUAA